UUGCCUUUCAUUCUAUCGUUUCUUAUAUUUAAAAAUAAAUUUAGGCAAUUUUGAUUAAUUAUGCAGAAAAAGAAAUAAAUAAAUAAAUAAUCGGCAGUUUUUGUUGUCGUUGACGAGACGACGACAGCCGUGAGAGUACGCGGUUUCUCUGUUUUUUCCUUUUUUCCUGACCUGCUAUUUAUACGCUCGCGCUCGGCGCCCCUACCUCAGCAGGUGCAGCUGGACAUUUCGUCGAACGCCUGGCGUGCGAUCGCUGCCCUGCGGAAGAAACAAGCAGAAGAAGAGAUGAUGAAAGUGAAGGAAGAUGAUCUAUUUCCGGCGACGCCGGGGAAAGUGAAGAUCGACCGGGCGCUCACCAUCAAUCGGCAGUUCCACCGGUGUUUCGCUUCAACAGGCACAAUGUUCAUGUGGGCGCUCUUGUUGAUCGCGCUCACGGCGUCGUAUCUCAGCUUCCAGAGCUUCGUUGAAUCGUCGUCCAAGUAUUUCCCUUCUAACUGGGGUGGGAUGCAGUGGGAGAAGCAGAUCCGGGCAUCGGCGACGCCGCGGCGCCCAGGCGGCAAGUCCGUGCUCCUCACCGGAGCCGCCGGCUUCGUCGGCACGCACGUGUCGCUGGCCCUCCGCAAGCGCGGCGACGGGGUCGUCGGGCUGGAUAACUUCAACAACUACUACGACCCGUCACUGAAGAAGGCUCGCAAGGCCGUGCUGGCUUCGCACGGCGUAUUCGUGGUGGAGGGCGACAUCAACGACGGGCGCCUCCUCGCCAAGCUCUUCGACACCGUGCCCUUCUCCCACGUGAUGCACCUAGCGGCCCAAGCCGGGGUUCGCUACGCGAUCGAGAACCCGGCGUCGUACGUCCACAGCAACAUCGCCGGCCUCGUCACUCUGCUCGAGGCCUGCAAAUCUGCGGACCCGCAGCCGGCGAUCGUGUGGGCGUCGUCCUCGUCGGUGUACGGCCUCAACGAAAAGGUGCCAUUCUCAGAGAUAGACCGCACAGACAGUCCGGCCUCUCUCUAUGCAGCCACCAAGAAGGCCGGCGAGGAGAUCACCCACACGUACAACCACAUCUACGGCCUCUCCAUCACCGGCCUCCGUUUCUUCACCGUAUACGGGCCCUGGGGUCGCCCUGACAUGGCCUACUUCUCCUUCACCCGCAACAUCCUCCAGGCAAAGCCCAUCACCGUCUACCGCGGCAAGAACGGCGUCGACCUAGCCCGCGACUUCACUUACAUCGACGACAUCGUGAAGGGCUGCGUCGCCUCUCUCGACACCUCGGCGAAGAGCACCGGCGACGGCGGCCGGAAGCAAGGCCCCGCACAGUACCGCAUUUUCAACCUCGGCAACACCUCGCCGGUCACCGUCCCGGCUCUCGUCCGCAUCCUGGAGCAGAACCUCAAGGUGAAGGCCAAGAUCCACGUGAUGGAGAUGCCUGGCAACGGCGACGUCCCCUUCACGCACGCCAACAUCAGCUACGCUCGCGCCGAGCUCGGCUACAAUCCGACGACCAACCUAGAGACCGGUCUCAAGAAAUUCGUCAAGUGGUAUCUCUCCUACUACGGCUACAGCCCAAAAACCGGCGGCAAAGACUCCAAAAACUUGUAAAGAUCCCUUUUCUUCAAUUUUGACCUCCCAUAUUCAAAUUUAGCUCCUAAACAUCAUACUGUAUUAUUUGACGUGAAUUGUUAAUACUGCUUCCACUCUCUUAA